AUGAUCAAUAGUCUUUUUAUUAUCAAUUCAUCCGGAGAUGUAUUCAUGGAGAAACAUUGGAAAAGUGCAGUUGCACGAUCAUUAUGUGAUUAUUUUUUUGAUCAGCAAAGAAGAGUUUUGUCCCCUGAAGAUACUCCACCAGUUAUUGCUACACCGCAUCAUUAUUUAAUUAUUCCACCACUAUUCGUUAUCGAAUUUUUACAUAGAGUUGUUGAUACAUUUGAAGACUAUUUCAAUGAAUGUACUGAAACUAUUAUUAAAGAAAAUUAUGUUGUUGUCUACGAAUUAUUAGAUGAAAUGUUGGAUAAUGGUUUUCCUUUGGCAACUGAAUCUAAUAUAUUGAAAGAACUUAUAAAACCACCUAAUAUUUUAAGAACAAUCGCUAAUACAGUAACGGGAAAAUCCAAUGUGAGCGCAACUUUACCUAGCGGUCAGUUAUCCAAUAUUCCAUGGAGGAGAACAGGAGUAAAGUAUACAAAUAAUGAAGCUUACUUCGAUGUAGUUGAAGAAGUUGAUGCAAUAAUUGAUCGAACAGGCGCUACUGUUUUUGCUGAAAUUCAAGGAUAUGUUGAUUGCUGCAUUAAAUUGAGUGGUAUGCCUGACCUUACAUUGUCGUUUAUGAAUCCACGAUUAUUUGAUGAUGUCAGUUUUCAUCCUUGUGUUAGAUUCAAGCGAUGGGAGUCAGAACGAAUUCUUUCGUUUAUUCCUCCUGAUGGUAAUUUCCGAUUGUUGUCAUAUCAUAUUGGGUCACAAAGUAUAGUUGCAAUUCCAAUUUACGUAAGACAUAAUAUUAACUUAAAAGAAUCCGGUGGUGGCAGAUUGGAUAUAACAGUCGGGCCUAAGCAAACUGUUGGUCGAACAGUUGAGAAUGUAACACUCGAAAUACCGAUGCCCAAAAUUGUUCUAAAUUGUACUUUGGUACCAAACCAAGGAAAAUAUUCAUUUGAUCCUGUUAGUAAAGUAUUAUUUUGGGAUAUUGGAAGAAUAGAUGUUUCAAAGUUACCCAACUUACGAGGAUCUAUUACCAUACAAAAUGGAGCAACAUUUUCUGAAUCAUAUCCUGCUAUUAAUGUACACUUUACAAUCAAUCAAUUAGCCGUAUCUGGCUUGAAAGUAAGUGGCUUGGAUAUGUAUGGCGAAAAAUAUAAACCAUUUAAAGGUGUUAAGUACAUUACUAAAGCUGGGAAAUUCCAAAUACGAAUUUUUAUAACAUUUAUUUUUUGA